AUGCCUGGUACAACAAAAAUUAAAUCGUUUCAUGUAGAGGAAUCUUUGAUUUUAUAUUCAAGGUAUCCAGAUAAUGCCAAGUUUCGGACAAUUCAAAUACCUCGAAAUAUAUUUGAAAAUGGCAAGCGACAAAAUGAGGUAUUAAUUAUAAAGUCUGGUGAAUUAGGACCAACUCAAAGAAUCGCACGAGAAGAACCAUCGAAGAGAAAAGCAUUGACAUAUCGUCGUGUGUAUGCAGCAUCUGGAGUUAUUCGUAUUAUGAAUGCAGAAAUAACAGCAGAUGAAGAAUCAUGGACUUUUCAAGUGACAGUUAUUCAUAAUUCUUCGUCCGUUGAUGAUUCCAGUUGGCGAAUUAAAAAAUUAAUUUCGUAUACUCAAAGUUCACCCAAAAGAGCAGAAUACGAACAAUUUGAUUUUAUAACUCCCGCAUCACCUAUAACAGUUCCAAAACCAAUUGUUGUGACGGCACGUAACAUGACAACGAUAUGCAUUGCUUUGAAUGACAUUUUAUUCACCUUUGAUUAUAGUAAUGCGACAUCUACAUCAGAUUCUAAACAAGAUUCUUAUAGUAAAGAAGCUUAUAUAGUUCGUAGUGAAUACUUACCAGUUCUUGAAGAAUCACCAUUUCAAGUUGUAGGAGCCGAGGUUAAUGCUAAUGGUAAUAUACUACUUCUUAUUACCCAGGAAAAUUACAUAUUAAUAUUUAAACGAGGACUUGCUGAUAUCCAUUUACCUUCAUCAACACGUUCAAGAAAAGGUUGGUUUUAUAGAUUAAUAGAUGACAAUCAAAUAAAUAAUUCAAAUCGUGCAACAAGUGUAAAUGGAGAAAAUUGGGAAUUGAGGAUGGUUAUUACAUCAUCUUAUUUAGAUUUCGUGAGUCAAUCUGAUCUGGGCAUUAUAGCGGUAAAAACAUUAAAUAUUUCUAAAUUACAACCCGGAUAUGUAGGAAAGAAUGUUACUGAAAAUAUUCUAUUUACAUUAUUUGAAAAUGGCAAUGUUGCAACUUUUAAUUUGGACAAAGCAGAACAAGAAAUGAAACUAUGGUUUAUUAUUAGAAGACGAUGGCAAAUGUAUUUGGGUAGGAAUGAUAUGCGUAGUGUUGGUUUUUGUUUGGAACGAGAUGCACUGACUUAUCAUAGUAAGUUACUCGAAAGUUCCUGUUCUUUAUAA